GGAGGUGUUAUGUUCUUUUGCUUAUACAGAAGACGGCCAUUCCACGUUCAAGAAGGAGCGACCGACAUAGUCGCCCAGAUCACGACCAGGCAGUCGCAACUUGCGAUCAUAGGAAAUGAGGACGAGGACGAUGAGAUAAGCGAAGAGGACGAUGAUAAUAAACGACCCGGCGGUGACGCUCGGCGCUUGCUUCGUGGGCUGCUCAAGGAGGAUCCUGACGAGCGUUGGGAUUUAAUGACUGCAAAGGCAUCCCCUUGGCUACAAGGGUGCACAAUCCCAAAAGGGCGCGUCACGCCUCUCGCUCCCAACCAUCCGCUUGCCCACAACCUCGUCGCUUACAUCCACUGCCGCGCCUUGGACCCUGCUUCUAUCCCCGAGCAAUACCAGCCUGGACAACAGCCGGCGCCGGUGGAGGAAGUUACGCCACAGAUACAGCCGGGAGCCGCUGACAACUAUACUCGAGGCUCUACGGAAUCCCUGUCUACCCAUGACCAACUGCCGCCGCACCUAACGAUGUCCGAAGACACCGCUCAAUCCAUCGUCGGUCGUUGUCGCCGUUGCCUGGCCCGUCCGCCUAUGAGAUUCCUUCCGGAGGCAGCCCUGCUCCAGCCCUGGGUUCAGCGCAAAACGCCGGACCGAGCCGCCUAGCUCGUGAACACGAGUCGACGGAGCCGCUUUUCACGCCCGUCGUAGAGGACGUCGAGCAUGUCGAGAUUGUCCCAGUAUCAGUGUCAAAAGCGGUGUUUGAGCACGUACCGGUCCCUACGCUGGACGCCGCUAUGGACGUUGAUCGUGUCCCGGGGGCAGCCGAAGAGCUGGGAUUUGCGGGCGCCGACAUCUUGCCAGCCGCAGUGACCUUGCACGCGGCCCCUCGUCCUACAGGUACUCGGACACGUGCUCGCGCAGGGAAAGGCGUCUCCUCCUCUUCCCCGAAACCACCUGUCAGGCGCUCGGCU